AUGACCGUUCUUAGCUUCACGCGCUGCCCGAGGAACUCGAAGGAGCUGAAGCAAGGCUGGUUUCCCGCAACGGACAUUCUCCAGCACCUACAGCGCAACUACUACGGCUGGGUGAAGAGCAACGAUAGGGCAGCUGCGGAGCACACAGAGGCCUGGAUGCCGACUACACCCGAGCAGUUGGUGUCGUUGCUUCUUCGUCUCAAUGCUUUGCGGCAGCUGCAGUUCUGCUGGGAUAGCGGGGCUAAGGUUGCGCCAGCAAAGACAGCUGGGCAUGCUUGGGUGCGGGCGACGUGGGCGCACUGCUCAAGACGGAUUGCUGAGGAAGUGCUUGAGAGCCAUCCUUUAUUGCCGCUGGAGCAGGUGCUGUCACAGUUUAGCUCCGUGGUGGAGUUUUACGACUAUAUUGAUCAUGUAGAUUUAUGGCAGAGUCAGGUGAGGAACCAUGGAGGGCGCACAGUGCCAGACUUUCGACCCUUUCUUAAGCUGGUGCCGGUCAGCCUCUUUUGUCGGGGGGAUGAGCGGGGUGAUGGCAUGGCGUGGGAUACCGCACUAGUGGCCACUAAGAUCAAUUCCAACUCUGCCUUUGUUCGCGUCUCGAAGACAUUUAUUGAUCUACACAGAGAGAAGAUGGUGCGUGUGGUCCAUCCGCAGCCGUACUGCAGCGCCGCAAGCGAGUCUCCUGAAGAGGGGGUACUACUGCUGCUACUAAGUGAAAUGAAUUCUGACGUCAUCACGAGGUCAACUGAGGGAAUGACGUACAUUCGGGCGGAGGUCCUGUACGGUGAUGGGGUGUCCACCGAAAUCACAGUGGAGGCAUUACGUUUGCUCAACCAGAAGGAGGGCGAGGGGAGCACGUGCGCCGCUAACAAAGAGAGGGGCGACAUCGGUUGCAGCAGCAGCGGCGGGGCUCAGCUCUGCCGCUUCACACGGCAGCUCAUCCAACUUUGUGGGCAGGUGCGCGUGGCAGAGUUGAGUUCAAAUGCCGAUAUAAAAAAAAACACUGAAAAUAACAAGGAUAAUGGGCUGACGCCGCAGCCUUUCAUUUAUUUUGACGCUGCAGCUGCGCGCCGAUGCCUGCGGUUUGUUGCCGCUGAAGCCACAAGCGCGUUUGCGGCGCUUGGCGAGUUUGACCUGGGAGUUGUGUGUUCCAGGUGGCUAGCGGUAGGCUCCUCCUUGCUGAGUUGCCAUGCCAAUGAGAAAAACUUGGCGGCCACUUUCUCCGCCGUGGAUGCAUUUGCUGCACUGUCGCUUAUUUUGCCACGCAUGCGAUGCAGCGACGGCGCUGUACCGUACGGUUGGCAGGUGGCAACAAAGGAGCUUCGGAUUGAGGUCAGGGCGGGUGCCUUUGUUCCACUCCAUGUGAGCAGCCAGCGGCAAAAACACCCCUUCACGGUGUACUUUGCGCAGCGCACGCCGGCUGACGUGAAUGACGGCGCAUCGUUGGCCACCACGCCGAUGGUGUUGCUGCGUCCACAGCGCACCACCGACGUGAGGCGGACGGCGCCCGUGUCGGCGAGCGACGAAGAGGCGACCCCCCGCCCCCGCGCAGCCUUGGUGCUGUCGUACAUUAGCCUGCAAGACGACGAGUACGAGGACGGGGCAGUCUUAAUCGCCAUGGAGUUGAGUGAGGAGGACGAGGCGCAGUGUCGUGGUGACAGGGAUGACGGUGACAUUCACCCCGACGAGGAUAAUCGCAGCGAUGGGGGAGGAGGGGCGUUGCUCUGGUCGACGGUGAUCGUUGACGAGUGGGAGUUGGAGACGGUAGCGCCGAUAGCAGAGAUCGUUGAGCGUGAGUUUAUGCUGCCGCUGGAGCGCAGCCUGCGCACGUCCAACAUGGCGUGCUGUUUCCGCAACUUUCCUGUGGAGGUGCAAGACGCACUUCUGCAAAGUAUGCGGAGCCAGCUUCUUCUGGCGGUGACACCGGAGCAAAACGAAACGCUAGAAUACCUUGGCGACGCCAUUCUGGACUUUGUCGUGGCCCAGGAUAAGCUGUCAACCUGGACGGCCGGACCCAUCGUUAGCGAGUCUUCCAACAAGCAUCUUGCCCCACAUCUACCCGAGGUCAUCGCCCGCCACCUAAGGUUGCUGUGUAAUAUUAGCAAUGAGAAGCGGAAGGCGGAUGUUGUUGAGGCCCUGUUUGGGGCUGUUGUGAUGGCGCUGUGGGUGGUUCCUUACAGCGGCGUCGCCAAGGGCCCAGUUUCGGCCGCGGGCUGCCUUCCAUUCACGUGUGUAUUGGAGGUUGUGCGGGGUCUGAUGGAUGUGCUCCACAUUGUUGUGGCGUAG